AUGAAGCUUGUUGUUUAUAUAAUUACGAUUAUAAGCCUGGGUCCCGUACCAAUUAUGAGUACUGAUGUUUGUAUUCAAGAAUGUACAUGUUUAAAAAAGUUCACCACUGUAAAUUGUGAUUCAAAAGGCUGGAAAAAUUUAAUCGACGCAGAAUUUCCAGCGAGCGUUGUUAUUUUAACACUUAAUAGUAAUAACUUGAAAUUUGAUACAAUUGAUGAUCGUUCUAAAAUUGAGCACUUAACAAAGUUACUAGAUUUGAGUCUUAACGGAAACCCACUUGAUAUAAUUCCGGCAUUUAAUAAUUCAAAAAUCACAUCACUUUCAUUACAAGAUACAUCGUUGACAUCAGCUGAAUUUCCAUCAUCUUAUACAGGUUCUCUUUUACACACCAUAUCCCUUAGUCAUAAUAAAAUUAAUGUCAUUACUGAAAAUGAUUUUCUUCCUUUGAAAAAUUCUCAAGUAGCAAAAUUACGUAUAGAUCAUGCGCAUCUUUUAAAAAUUCAUCAAAAUGCAUUUAUUCCGUUAGUGGAACUUCAAUCAUUAUCAUUACAACAAAAUGAAUUAAAAUCAUGUGAAUUCCUAUCAACAUUCAGCUUACUUUCAUCGGUUAAUCUUGAUGGAAAUCAGUUUACUUCACUGCCACAACAAUUGACAACACCUGGCCAUAUAAAAGAAUUCUUUUUUAGACAAAAUUUGAUAUCAGUUAUUGAUGAUUCAUCACCAUUAUAUUCAUGGCUAAAAAUGAAUUAUACGAAUAUAAAAAUUUAUUUAGCUAAUAACUCAUUCGAUUGUUGCCGAUCAUUGUGGUUUAUUCGUUUUUUAACUUCAUCUUCCCAUUCUGUUGGAGACGCUCCUUUGUUAAGAUGUGCGACGCCAGCAGCUUAUGCAGGAAGGAAUUUGACAACACUCAACCCAGAUGAUAUGAAUUGCAGUGGAAUUUCACCAAAGAAAACAUGGUGGACAACUGUUCGAAUUAUUGGUAUAACCAUUGGAGGAAUUGCUACUGUCUUAGUUUCGGCGAUUGUUGUAAUAGUAACGAUUCGUCUUGUAAAAUUACGUUCAGGUUACACAGAAAUCGAUGGAGAUGGCGGCUCAUUGCCGAGUGCUCCAUUGUUGGCAUCAUCUCAUGAUUUUCCAUUUCCACAACACGGUGAAGACGAUGAUUCUAUUUCCACGUAUUCAACUGCACACUCAAGAAAUACGUAUGGAUCACAUAUGACAACAGCUAGUACUGCUGCUGGCAUUUCAGUAAAUGAUGGAGACCAAAUCUGA